CUCGUCAUUCGGCCUCCAGCUGAUGAGCGUAUUGGCAGCUGCAUUAUUCCACCCUGCUGAGUUAUUGGGAUUCCUUUGCUACUUUGUCCUGCUUUGUAUGGAAGCUGUCCCCGCAGCUGUACUCUCCAGGCACCUCUAUGUGUGCAUGUCGGGAGUAGUUGUUAUUGACUGACUGGGUUAUAUAUAUUUUUUUUUUCUAUUGAUUUCUUUUUUGUUUUGUUUUUGCCCCACCUCCCUGGGCGUGAGAAGCCAGAGAGGAUGUUCUCGUCUGCGUCCAGAAACUCUCUGUUCUCGCCCUGGUCCUCCAUGGAGCAGUCAGACUCGGAAGCGUUGGACAUCAGCACCAAGGUGCAGCUGCACGGGGUGCUGUGGAAGAGGCCCUUCGGACGCCCGUCGGCCAAGUGGUCCCGCAGAUUCUUCAUCAUCAAAGACAGCUUCCUGCUCUACUAUGCAGAGAGCGAGAAGAGAAACUUUGAGACCAACAGGUUCUUCAACAUCCACCCCAAGGGAGUAAUUCCUUUAGGAGGAUGUGUGGUGUCGGCUAACGAAAACAUGGGCAUGCCCUUUGCCAUUGUGAUCAACCUGGAAGACUUCACUGGCACCAUAGUCCUAGCUGCUGAGUCUGGGGAGGAGCAGGUCCAUUGGAUGGAGAUGCUGCAGGACUCAGGGAAAGUCACGUGGAAAAACGCCCAGCUGGGCGAGGCCAUGAUCGAGAGUCUGGAGGCUCAGGGGCUGCAGCUGGCCAAGGAGAAGCAGGAGUAUCUGGACAAACUGAUGGAAGAGACUGAGGAGCUGAGUCAUCAAAGAGCACAGAGAGAGGAGCUGGAGCGUCUGAACCGGGUUUUGGAGGAGGAGAAUGAAGUUGAGGAGGUGGUGGUGGAGCUGAAGGCAGAGCAGGAGCACAUUAAACUAGACCUGGACGGCACAGCUCAGUCCCUGAAAGGCGUUGAGAGUGAAAAUGAAGAACUGAGCAGUUUAACCGUAAUCCUGCAGCAAUCCAUCAAGGAGCUCUCUCUGGAGAAACAGAGAACUCUGGAGCUGCUGGGGGUGAAGGGGGAAAAGGAGGCCGAGGCAGCAGAGGAGAGCCCGGCCUGCAGGAAGCCUGAGGACGGCGGGGAUCCCGGAGACGUGAACCUGCUGCAGGACCUGCAACACAUCGAGGAGCAGAUGAAGAUCCUGCUGGAGGAGAAGGAGCAUGCUGAUGAAAAGCUCAGGGAGAACGAGCAGCGGGCUAAAAUCCUGCAGCAGGAGAGCGAGUACUACUCCUCUCAGGCUCGGGCGCUGCAGCAGUCGCUCUCCCAGCUCACUGUGGACAAGCAGCAGACCGAGGCCGAGCUCAAGGCAGAGAUAGAGUCUCGGGUGGAGCUGGAGAAGAGACUGAAGCAGGCUGAAGAGGCUCUGAAGGACCUGGAGGAAGGCCUGGACUCACUGGAGCGGACCAAGGAGACAGACCAGAAGAUGAAGGGGGAUGUGACUGAGCUGAGGAGAUUCUUUGAGGAGUGUAUCUGUGCAGCGGAAAUCGAGGCGAAACUUCCAGCGAUCAUGAAGAACGCUGUGUAUCUGCACAAAGCCGCCGCACGCAGAAUAAAGAGCUGCCGCAUCCAGAGGAGAGCCUCCAGGAGCCACUGGUUAAAACACUCUCAGUCUUUUGCUGUAGCGCAUACGGACGGCGGCAGCAUGGACGAGCUGCGGGAGACGGCCCGGCGGCUGACGUCUGACAGCAGCUUCAGAGAGAGUGUGUACAAAAUCAUCACUCGCAAGGAUGCCAUGAACAAAGCAGAGGACUGAGGGGAAAAAAGAGCUAAAGCUAAAAUAGGAGAAAUGGUCCUCAUCUUUAUUCAGUUCCCACAGUGAGUAACGUAGAGAUCCUGAUCCCAGACCCACCAUUAGGAUACUGUAGAUGAUUGUACACAGAAAUGUGUGAGUUGUUUUUCAGCCCCCCCCCCCCCCCAUGGACCCACUGGUUCUUAGCCCUUUUCUCCCAAACAGUUCCAGGAAUUACGAGUAAGGAAGAUGGAAAAUGACGACGCAAUUUUCUUGAUAUGGCUUUAAAAAAAAAAAAAAACACCCACAAUUUAUUUUCUUUCCUGUGGUGGUCAUGCCUGUUAGUUCUCUAGAGUUCAGAUUCUGGAACUGUUUGGUACUAAAGUGCAAUAGAAACCUUCAGAUGGGAUUAAGCCAAAGAGUAAUUAUGAUGUUAAGAAUAACGGGUUCACUCAGUAAGGAAUUGUAGCACAGUAACACAUAACAUGUCAUAAAUCAUAGUGUUUUAGUUGGCAGCCUCGUACUAAAUCAUACUCUAAACUACUACAACAGAUUUACAAUAUACAGAAAUGAUUUAGCAGACAGCACAGACAAUGUAAAUCCAUCUUGUGAAAUGUUUUUUAUUAUUCUGGUUUUGAUUGUAUGAACAGAUUGUACUUUACUUGUAACAGAUGCUAUAGAAAAACGCUGAACUUACAGAUGUUUGAUAUUGACCUUGACCAUUUCAUUAUUGCGACAUCUGUCCUUAACAAAGCAACCAUAUGUAAAUCAUUGAAACAAGCAUUUUUAUCAUAAUGCAAAUGAUAACUCACCAGAAAUGAUACAAAAAAAGAAGCCCACAUGUAGAGAGAAGUCAAGAGGGAACAUAUUAUGGACUGAACAACAUGCCUUGAUGUGAAUAAAGCUGUUUGAACCUUG